AUGGAGAGCCUGUUUAUGCGUUAUAUGCUCCCUUCGGCCCUGUCCUUCUCCUCCUUUCCCCCUUUCCUUCUCCCCCUUCCCCCUGUCCUUCUCCCCCUUUCCCCCUGUCCUUUUCUCCCUUCCUCCUGUUCUUCUCAGCUCCUUCCCCCCUGUCCGUCUAGGGUUCUCCCCCACUGUCCUACUCCCCCUUUCCCCCUGUCCUUCGCUCCCUUUCCUCCAGUUCUUCUCAGUUCCCUUUCCCCAUGUCCUUCUCUCCCUUACCCCUUGCCAUCCCUCCCUUCCCCCUUGUCGUUCCCUCCCUUUCCCCCUGUCCUUCUCCCACUUUUCCCCCUGUCAUUCUCCCACCUUCCCCCCUGUCCUUCCCUCCUUUUCCUCCAGUUCUUCUCAGCUCCCUUCCCCCUGUCCUUCUCCUCCUUUCCCCCUGUCCUACUCCCCCUUUCCCCCUCUCCUUCUCUCCCUUUCCUCCAGUUCUUCUUAGCUCCCUUCCCCCCUGUCCUUCUCUCCUUUACCCUUUGCCAUUCUCUCCCUUCCCCCCUGUCUUUCCCUCCCUUUCCCCGUGUCUUUCUCCCACUUUUCCCCCAGUCCUUCUGCCCCUUUCCCCCUGUCCUUCCCUCCCUUUCCUCCAGUUCUUCUCAGCUCCCUUCCCCCUGUCCUUCUCCCCCUUUCCCCCUGUCCUUCUCCCCCUUUCCCCCUGUCCUUCCCUCCCUGCACUCCAGUUCUUCGGGGCUCCCUUCCCCCCUGUCCUUCUCUCCUUUACCCCUUGCCAUUCUCUCCCUUCCCCCCUGUCUUUCCCUCCCUUCCCCCCUGUCUUUCUCCCAUUUUUCCCCCAGUCCUUCUGCCCCUUUCCCCCUGUCCUUCCCUCCCUUUCCCAUGUUCUUCUUAGCUCCCUUCCCCCCAGUCCUUCUCCCCCUUUCCCCCUGUCCUUCUCCCCCUUUCCCCCUGUCCUUCUCCCCCUUUCCCACUGUUCUUCCCUCCCUUUCCUCCAGUUCUUCUCAGCUCCCUUCCCCUUGUCCUUCUCCUCCUUUCCCCCUGUCCUACUCCCCCUUUCCCCCAGUCCUUCUCCCCCUUUCCCCCUGUCCUUCCCUCCCUUCCCCCCUGUCCGUCUUCUCAUUUCCCACUGUCCUUCGCCCCUUUCCCCACUGUCCUUCUCUCCCUUUCCUCAUGCCCAAAGCUCCCUUUCCCCUGAUGCCCGUCUCCCCUUUUUCCCCCUGUCCUUCUCUCCCUUUCCGCAUGCCGUUCUCCCCCUUUCCCUGUGUCCUUCUCUCCCUUUCCCCCUGUACUUCUCUCCCUUCCGUUCCCUUCCUGUCAGCUCCCUUCGGCCCACACCUUCUCCUCCUUUCCCCCUGUCCUUCUCCCCCUUUCCCCCUGUCCUUCUCCCCCAUUUCCCACUGUCCUUCUCUCCCUUUCCCCAUGCCCUUCUCCCCCUACCCCCCUGUCCUUCUCUCCCUUCACUUGCCUUCUUCUGACCUCCCUUUCCCCCUGUCUUUCUCCCCUUCGCCCCACCGCCCUACUUUCAAAUUUGUGUGCUUUAUCCCCAUUUCUAGACUAUGA